AUGUCCAGCCACCACAUCGAAACAUGCACCUGCGCCUGCGCCUACCACAUCCCUGAAAAUCGUCACAACACUUCCAAUCAAGCGAGAGUCAAAAGUGAGAACUCAUACAAGCGCCCGUGUGAAGACUAUGACUCGGAAAUGCCCUCUGACCUGGGAAGCGUUUGCAGUUGUGAGCAGUUUUCUUCGCUACCGGCUCUGCCGCGCAUCAUUGUUCAGCAGCUGCCGACCCAGGCUGCGAGAUGUUCCGUUCAAGCUUCGGAUCUUUGGUCCCGUCGUCCUACCAGUCACCCAGUUGCUGAACGAAUCGCAUCAUUCUCCAGCCCCCGUCCUGAGGAUCGCCACCAGCGGGAGGAACAUGGCGGGAGUCGACAGGUAGAAGAGGACCACCUUCGCCGACUCACGAACGAGGAUGGAAAGGCAAUCGAGACUGAAAAUAUAUGGUGGAGUCUAGUGCCGUUUAAUGACUACCAGGGGAAGGAGAAGUGUCCAACAUGCUCGUGGACCGGCAGUUGCGAGGGCGGGGACAGCUUUGACGAGAUUGAUUCAGAGCUGAGUCGUGAUCUUGAGGCGCUUGACAGAAUGAUUCGUCAAGUCGAAGUCAGCGGACCUAGUAAUGCUAUUUGGCAUGACAAUACCACACCAGACGCUGGGUGCGCCGCGAAGAGAGCCAAGUCCAAGAAGCCCGCCACGACACAGAAUGCAUGCAGAAUUCCCAGGCCCAAGCGGUUCUUAUCAACUGAAAAAGCCGCGGAAAACACCGAUGAAGACUUCGGUCGCUACACGCCACCUCUGCUCUCCUAUAGCUCCGCUCGCUAUCCUUCCACGUUCCACACAUCACCUGACCGUAUCGAGGCCGCGCAGAUCGAACUCGAGAAAGCAGACGGUGAAUUGAUCAGAAAGGAAAGUAAACUGGCCACCGCAUCUGCAAAGUACCGACAGGCCAGCUCCAAGUUAUAUGCCCUGUUGCGAGAGCAAUACGAGAGAGGUUCAGAAGAGGAUGAUUUUCCGGAGUUUUGGCGUGAGCAAGAGCGACGAAAUACUGACUUGGAUGCAACAUGCCGUAGGAGAAAGAUAUCGGCAGGUUCUUCUUGGUAG